AUGCCGGUCGACCUCCCCGCCGCGAGCAUGAUCGACUCCAAGCGCGCGUUGCAAUUCACCGCGGUCACCGGGGUUUUCUACGCGUCCUUCUUCAUCAGUGAACUCCCGACGUACGCGACGCCCAUGAAAAAAUUUUAUGCGCUCGAGCCAACGGCGGUGACAGAUUUCUUCAACAACGCGUUCGGCGUCAUGUUGAUGUGGGCGUGCAUGCAGGCGUUUUACGUCGCCGCGAAAGGCAGUGCUGGGCUUAAAAACCGAUUCGUCGUCGCGAACAUCAUCGCCGCGUUCUCCCGGGCGACAGUGCUGGCGUGCCAUGGGUCGAAGGAUCGCGCCGGCGGCGGGAUGGUCGCCUCGGAGCACAAGCUUGGCUCCUUCAUUGCCGUACUUACCAUGUUUCUUCUCGCCGAAGCCGUGCGCGUCGACAGCAACUUAGUCCCACUCCGACACUGGAUCAAGGACUCCAAGUCCCUCAAGCAAAAGAUCAUCACCAUCGCUUUGCUCAUGGAGUUUUACUACAUGAUAAUUCUCCACUUCGGCGACGUGACUGUUUGGUUCUCGCCGAAGGUUAAAGCCACGGACUAUCUCGCCGUUCACUGGACCGCCACUAUCGGAUUCAUGAAAUGGCUUCAGACCAUGAUCAUGUUCACCGCCGCCUCGAACAGCGACGUUCAAACCGUCGCCAAGUUUGACGCCCUGAGCACCCUCACCAUGCUCUACGUCAUGCGCAAGCACCAAGCCGUGUUCAAGGCGGCCGAGUUCUCCAAGCACUUUACCAUGACCGUUGCCCGUCUUGGCAUCACCCUCUUCGCCGCCUUCUAA